CUAUGUGCUUCAAAUUGACUUUGGAAGAGACACAACAACUGCUGCUCAAGAUGCGGAGAAGCUGACGAAGUCGUAAUAUCAGCCUCUGCAAAGAUGCUCACUUCACCGGCGUGUUUUUGCUGCCUGGCGUGGCUUUAGGCCCGUUGGUCAAACUGGAGCGUGUCGAGGACAGUGAAGCUUUUAUCUGUGACCCGCUGACAGGGGUGGUGGGUCUGUGAAGGACAGGAAACAUGAAGUUUGCUCAGUUUUUGAUGAAAAACAGCUCCAUAGCUGGGAUACCGAAGCAAGUGGAGAGGUUUGCUAAGUUCUCCCCUUCUCCCUUGUCUAUGAAGCAGUUCAUUGACUUCGGCUCGGCCAAUGCAUGUGAGAAGACCUCGUUUGUGUUCCUGCGUCAGGAGCUUCCUGUGAGGCUGGCAAACAUCAUGAAGGAAAUUGGUUUCCUCCCUGACAAGCUCCUCGGCACUCCAUCCCUUAAGCUCCUCACCAGCUGGUAUUCACAGAGUUUGUUGGACCUCAUAGAUUUUCUAGAGGAGGAUCCAGAUGACAAGAAAGCCCUAACAAAUUUCACACAGGCACUGGUCAACAUCAGGAAUAGGCACAACAAUGUGGUCCCCACCAUGGCCCAGGGUGUGGUGGAGUACAAGGAGGCGUUUGGCGUGGACCCCAUCACCAACCAGAACGUCCAAUACUUCUUGGACCGUUUCUACAUGAGCCGCAUCUCUAUACGCAUGCUCAUAAACCAGCACACAUUAAUCUUCAACGGCAGUGUGAACCCAGCCCAUCCCAAACAUAUCGGCGGCAUUGACCCGAGCUGUGAUGCUGUGGAGGUAGUAAAAGAUGCCUAUGAGACUUCAAAGAUGCUGUGUGAGCAGUAUUACUUGACCUCUCCUGAAAUGGAAAUCAGAGAAAUCAAUGGUAAAAAUCCGGGCCAACCCCUCCAUAUUGUCUAUGUGCCCUCCCAUCUCUACCACAUGCUGUUUGAGCUCUUCAAGAACGCCAUGCGAGCUACAGUCGAGACCCAUGAAACGAGUCCAACGUUACCCCGAGUCAAAGUACAAGUUGUACUCGGCGAAGAGGACCUCACGAUCAAGAUGUCGGAUAGAGGAGGUGGAGUCCCUCUGAGGAAGAUCGAACGUCUCUUCAGCUACAUGUACUCCACGGCUCCCAGUCCCGUCCACAUAGACAACUCUCGUAACGCACCUCUGGCUGGGUUUGGUUAUGGUCUGCCAAUCUCCCGCCUGUAUGCCAAGUAUUUCCAGGGAGACCUGCAGCUCUACUCUAUGGAGGGUUACGGUACUUCAGCUGUCAUCUACUUAAAGGCCUUGUCCUCAGAGUCUGUGGAGAGACUUCCCGUGUUUAACAAGUCUGCUUUACGGCAUUACCAGUCCAGCAUAGAGGCGGAUGACUGGUGCAUGCCCAGCAAGGAACCGAAGAAGCUGGGCAGGUUCGACAGUACUCUGUCAUGAGAGAGAGUGCAGGACAAAGUUAAAGACACUAUGGGACAGUCGAAGAAGCUGGAGGACAUGGAGCGGCUCAUUUGUGCUGUAAGAGUAAGACGGUGACGGAUGCUAUGGACGUGGAUUUGGGAACACUGACGAACAGCUAAACAUUAUUUAGUCAGCCGCCGACAAAGGCUCACCACACUUAAUUCCAUUACGUGUUGAUUUUAGGCUUCCUAUAGUAAUCAGUUUGUCAAAUAUUAAUAGUUUGCCACAUUCAUUGUGCUGUUUGUUUUUGGGUGGGUUUGUUAGUUUUUUUUAAAUAUACUUAAAUUAUAAUAAUGUGGCUACACUGUUUGAAAAAAAGCAAGACUAAUAUUUGUGUUUAUAUCCAUUUUUUUCCCCAAUCGCAAGACCAACAAGUGCUGGGUAAUGUUGUGUUAGUGCAGUAGGUUAAAUGUGAAAAAGCCAUGUCCAGUUUUAGCAGUUUAAAGACAAAAGGAACAAAACCCACAGGCUGCUCCACACACUCCUCCAACAUGUUUCUACAAUGUUUGAGGUGAAAUUUACAUUUUUGGUUUGACCACUUACAUAUAACUUCCACUUACAUAUAACUUCUCUAGUACCAUUGCAAACAAAAUGUAUUUAGAUGAGUCUGAAUGGGAGUCAGUCAAAUUCUUUGAGACUAUGCAAGACGGACGUUUUUAAAGUUGAAGUGUUGUUUUUUUAUCAUGUGCAUGUUGUAAAGACUUACUAACAUUUUUAAAUGUUGCAUUGUGGGAGACUGGGUGUCAGCUUCCUCUUCUGCUCAAACUGGUGUUGCAUGUUUUCUGUAUUUUGACAGGUCGACAUGUUGCGUCCACCGUAAGAGACAUAGGAACGACACAGGCGGACGUUCUGAGCUGUAUCUGUAACAACACGUUCACAUUAUUCAGUUUGCCUUAAAAUCAUACUGUCAUACACCUUUCUUUUUGCCAUUUGAAUAGUUUUAAGCCUUUGAAAAUCUUAUCUCGUGUUCUCUUGUUCGCGACGAUUUAAUAUUUAAUGAUUUAGACGUGUGCUUUGGUCACUGUUUAUACUCAAAGGCCUUGUACUGAAGUUGUGGUUCAUCAUUAAAAUGACCAGUGAAUGUCA